CAUACAAUAGAACUUAUUAAACUUGGAGAGGUCAACUCUGAGGUCACAGAGAUGUCAAAUCGACACAAAGUGACUGAAAAGUGUGGUCUGGAGAUUCAAAAUGUCCAGUCUCAGGAUGCUGGACUGUUCUACUGUCAACAAUACGAUACAUCUGUACAACCACAACGUCUCCUGUCCUCUGAAGCUCCUGUGUAUCUGUCUGUGGUCUCAGUGACUAAAACGAACAAUAAGGAGAACGUUCAGUUAAGAUGUAAUGUGUCCUCCUCUCUCUCUAAUGUUGAAACAAAAUGGCUGCUCAACGGCCAAGACGUCAAUAGUCCACAAAUAAAAACAACAAGACUUCGAAAUGGCAUCAUUGCUACAUUUUCAGAUUCACAUUUCCUUUACAACAACAUGAACCUGCUCAAAUGUGAAGUGUCUCAUGGUGAAAAGAAGACGAAGUUCUCUCUCAGAUCCAACAAACCAGUGGAGAUCACAACUAAAACUAUAACAACCCAGAGGAAGAAAGGAGGAGUCACCAGUAAAACUGCGAGUGUGUCAACACCAUCACCAAAGACUGAACCAGAGGAAGCUCAAACUACAGCCUCUCCACAGAACAAGAGCACAUAUGGAGGUUGGCUGUGGGCUGUGGUGGUGGUGGUUGUAGCUGCAGUACUUCUCACUGUGGUGGCCCUGGUCACAUGGAAGAGACUCAGAGUGAAGUCUGCAAACACCAGAAGCGACUCUCCUGUUGAACCUGAAGAGGGAGUGUCCUAUGCCACCAUCAGCCACAACAGGAACAACCAGAGAAAUGAGGUCAGACCGAGUGAGGAGGCAGUGACCUACAGCUCAGUGAAAUACACCACUGUGGAGGACCCUGAUCAGUUCUACGCCACCGUCAAGAAAUAAACCAACAACCGACUCAACAACCGACUCAACAACCACGUCACCCAAGACUAAUACACCAACAAACCACGAACAAAGAAGCCACGUGGUAAUAAUAGUUACCUGGAAAUAGUGGUGAGCAGUAGCCUUGUAGUAGUAGUGGCCUAGUAGUACUUGUAGUAGCAGUAUCCUAGUAACAGUCAGCCUGUUUUCAAUGUAGUAGUAAAACUAGUAGCAGUCUAGUUAUCAAUCCUAAAGAAAAUUUCACAUCGCAGUAAUAUUUUUGUUAUCAUUCAGUUUUUUGAUGUUGAGUUAAGUACUUUCUCUGCUGAAAAAGUAGAAGUAUCUUAUCCUUGAAUAUGUGUGAAAGCGUUAAGCCACAUACAUAGAGGAGGAAGAGGAAAUAGGGUCAGAAGAAAAGCUCCACUACAUUAAUUUAUUGUUUUUUUACCACAGUUUGAUGAAUGAGUGUAGUUCUACUUUCAUGAGGCAGGAACCAAGACGAAGGAUGGACACAAAAUGAGACAAACUAAAUCAUAUUUGAAGGAGCAGUGCAAGAAACACAAACGUUCAAAUCAUUUCAUAUUGUCGACAUAAAGAUUUUGUCUUGUAGACUUACUCACAGUGGGAAGAGUAACUACAAUGACACUACACAAUAAUACAUACUGCUAUAUUCCUCAAGUAAGAGUACUGUUACACUGUCAUAUAUUACUCAAAUAGGAGAAAAGUAUGAUAUCUGAAAAC